UUCAACUGCUGUGUGUUUGAGACUUGUUUAAUGUGCUCAUUAGUCCUGUGCUAGAUUUCAUUCCUUAGCUGUUCCUCAAACUCGAAAUUGUCCUACGUCUGCUUUCAUGAGAAUUAUGGUGUUACAAUAUAAAACAUCCGUUUGGGCUGCGUGUUCCUUCCUUUGACACCUAUAGACAACUUCGACAAACCCAUGACACAAACAGGAACACCUGGGGGCAGAAAAUAUCAAACUCUCUCAUGGAGAGGAAGGCACAUUACGAUUCUAUCCUGGACCGAAGCAAACGCAUUACCUGGCAGGACGACUGCUACGUGGACCUUCAGUCUACGUCCUGCUCUCUCUCUUCACAAGCAGAAACAGAGGAUCUUAGCUGGAUCAAAAAGCAUCAAGACGAGCUGCGACGCUUCACUUCAGCCUCCUUCCUGGAGGAAAUGUUAGCCCACCUGAGAAAGGUGAAUGUGUUGAGUUCAGCUGAGGAGACCAAGAUCAAGGAAGCGGGCCGGCUACAGGACCAGGUUAAUAUGCUCACAACUACAGUCAGUGGCAAGGACACUCAAGGCUCUGAUGCCCUCCAGGGUUUCGUAGAGAGCUCAGAUUCUCAGGUGGCCCAGCUCAUCAUAAACCACGAUUACAUGGUGAAGGAGCACAAAGAGGUGCUUUUACGUCGAUAUGAGCAGUGCAGAGACAGAGAUUCAGUCAGCUGCCCCAAAUUGAACAUCUCGGCAAGAACCUUACUUCUGGUCGACGGACUUUCUGACAUCCAGCAAAAGGAGCAUGACCUGAUGCAAGUUGGGGCGACUCAAGGAGGGAAAAGAAAUCAUCUCAGACAGCUGGGGCUGGCCAAGCUUUUGGAGCCCCUGACGCGGGUCAGUUUGCCUCCCAGGGUCUCUCUCACAGUUGGAGUCGCCGGUAUUGGCAAGACCACCUGGGUCAGACACUUCAUCAGACAGUGGAGCCAAGGGGCCAUCUAUUCAGAUGUGAGCUUCGUCUUACCUUUUACCUUUUGUCAGCUGAACUCACUGGAGAAGCUUUCAGCUGAGAAAUUGGUAAAAAUGGCUUUUCCUCAUUUAACAGACCCCAAUCUGGUCUUGAGCAGCUCCUGUCGGACACUGCUCAUACUUGAUGGUUUGGAUGAAUUCCGCUGCACAUUAAAUUUUUCUGAUGCAGCACCCUGCAGUGACCCGAAGAAAGAAGUGUCCAUUGACGACUUAAUUACUAACAUCAUCCGGGGGAAUCUGCUGCCUGACGUAGCAGUGUGGGUGACUUCCAGGCCGGGAGUGGCCUCGCUCAUCCCAGGAGGACUGGUAGACAGGGUGACUGAGAUCCCAGGAUUCAGCCCAAAGGACAUCCAGAUCUUCCUAAACCACCACUUCUCCGAGAAGGAUUUCGCCAGCAAAAUAUGGGCACACUUGGAGUCCCAUAAGAUCUUAAUGGUGAUGUGCUACAUACCAUGCAUUUGCUGGAUAGUAGCUGAUACUCUCAUGUACAUCAUGCAGAGUGAAACACAGGAGAGCCUUCCAAGGACUUGCACUGAGCUUUACGCCCACUUCUGUUCCAUGAAGGCAGAAGUAGGCGAACCAAGAGGCAGGGAGCCUGUGAAAACGGAGCAGCUUCAUGGAAGCAAUCGUAAACUGCUGGGGAAUCUUGGACGACUGGCAUUUUAUGGGCUCCUCAAACACAAGUACACCUUCAGUGAGCAGGACCUCAGGGCCUAUGGGAUAGAUCUACUGUUAACUCAAGGCAGUCUUGGUGCAGGAAUUCUUGUUCGGGAGGAGUCAGCCAUAUACACAACCUAUCGGUUCACACAUCUGACUCUGCAGGAGUUUCUUGCAGCUACUUUCUACCAUAUCUCCUCCAAGCGAGCCAUCUUUGACUUGUUCUCAGAGAGCACCAUGUCCUGGCCUAAGAUCGGUUUCCAGAAUCACUUCAGAAGUGCCUUUCAGCAUGCACAACAGGCUGAAGAAGGUCAUUUGGAUGUGUUUGUGCGCUUCCUGACAGGCCUGCUGUGCCCAGUGGCACUGAAACCUCUCGCUGGGCUUUUGGCCCUUGGGAAAGAUGAUGGAAAUCAGAAGGGCUGGGCAGCAGGAUUUUUACAAGGCCUCUUGGACAGCGGGGGUGCUGUGGUGUCCCUGCGUGCAGUCAACCUGGCUUAUUGUUUACAAGAACUGCAACACACAGAGCUGUUGAGGAAUGUAGAGGAUGAUUUACGGCUUGGUAGUCUGGCAGGGAAGUUAAGUCGGGCUCAUUGUGUUGUGCUGGGCUACCUGCUGCAUGUGUCUCCAGAGUGCAGCGAACAGACCAACCUUACAGGCUCUCUGAACUACGCCACAGUGAAAUGUUUGCUCCCACAGUUGCUGUACUGCAGCCAUCUCAGGUUGGAGAAUAAUCACUUCAAAGAUGAUGUCAUGGAAUUGCUGGGAAGCCUCCUGAGCGCCAAAGACUGCCAUAUUCAGAAGAUAAGUUUGGCAGAAAACGCCAUCAGCAACAAAGGAGCCAAAGCACUGAGCCGAGCCCUGUUGGUGAACCGGACACUAAUUUCUCUCAAUCUCCGGAACAACAAUAUCGGCUCCAAAGGUGCAAAGUUCCUGGCAGAAGCUCUGAAAAUGAACCAAGUCCUGGUAUCGAUCAACUUCCAGAACAAUGCCAUUGAGGAGGAAGGAGCUCAGGCCCUUGCAGAAGUAUUGCAGUGCAACCGCAAAUUGGUGUCGCUGAAUGUACGGAAGAAUACAAUUGGAGCAGGUGGAGCCAAGAGGAUUGCGAAUGCACUGAAGACAAACCGGACUCUCACAAAGCUGAUCCUUUGUAGCAACCAGCUUGGGGACAAAGGAACAGUGGCCCUGGCAGAGGCUUUGACACUCAACCACACUCUGCUCUCGCUUCAACUUCAGAGUAACUCGAUCAGCAACAGGGGGAUGACUGCCUUAACCAAAGCACUCAGGCUGAACCGUGGCCUUGUCUCCUUAAAUUUAAGGGAGAACUCCAUCGGGGUGGAGGGAGCAAAGAACAUGGCCCAUGCCCUCCAUGAGAACAACUCUCUACAGGACCUGGAUCUCACAGCCAACCUCUUGCAUGAUGAUGGUGUUCAGGCUAUAGCUGGCGCAAUCAAGUUUAAUCAAGGCCUCACCUCUCUGCAGUAA